GCCGCGCACGGACGCACGCCCCCCUCGGCCAGAGGAGAGACGCGCUCCGUCCUGGACGCUGACGCAUCUCAACUCCGCUUUAUCCACGCUGAAGUGUCACCAGACACACCAUGACCGGCUGAGGAGGAACAUUCAGUCAAUUCAUUAAGUACUUUUGAUUCAAGAGGUUUUUUGGUGGAUAAUUGACGCUCACAAUGGAUCAGCAGGAGGACGCGAUGGACUUUAAGAGCCUGAGGGCCAAGUUCCAGGAGGAAGAUCUCUUCAUGAAGCAACCCAGGACCAGACCUGUUCUCCCAGAGAAACCAAAGGUGGUGCCUCCCCCCCAGAGCCCCACGCACUACCUCCCUGCAGGAGCGCGCCCCUCCCUGCUCACCUCCAUCAACCACACCCUGGACGGGAAGAACAUGUAUGCCCCCAGAGUGGUCUUCAAGGAGGACACAAAGGAGAGCAAACAACCUCUCAUCCAGAAUAACUCAAAGGGAAAAGAGAAGAACGAAGCCAAGCCGAAGGGAGGGAAAGACAAGCCUGCAAAAGCAAGCAAGGAGAAGCUCAAGGACAAUGGACCCGCUCAGAAGGAGAAGAAGGAGAAUGGGAAGGACAAAAAACGUCAGCAGAAGGGGGCUACGGUAGACCUGGUGGCCGCCAGUCCUCCUCCCAAAGCCCCAACACAAAAGAAGAAGGGAAUAUUUGGCUUCAGAAAGUCUACAAAACCAGAUCCAGUGGUGAUCCCAUCGGAUCCAAUCCUAGACGCCCCGAGCCCGGAUGAUCCAGGACCAACUCCACUCAUACCACUGAUGCCAUCUAAUGUUGGAGACACGCCAGACAUCUCAGAACCAAGAGCAAACCAGGCUGAGGUCUUACAACGGAAAGCCAUCCUACCAAACAUUACCUUACCUGACCCCACUGCUGUGGAGGAAGCGGCCCCGCCCUCCCCUAUCCCAGAACCUCCUGACUUCUCCCCACCUCCUGCCGUCAUUCCUGACAUUCCAGUUCCCAUAGUCCCAACGCCCCAGAUCGAAACCCCAGCGGAGAUAGAGGCAUGUUGGAACCCAGGAAAUCCUGAUUUCCCUGUUUCCAGACCAGACAGCAGAAAUGGAAAUGCUCCCAACCCCCCCAGAUCUUCGCCAACCCCUCCGACCAGUUCUGCCAUCCCAGAUCCUCCCCCGGUGGCGUCUGCUCCGUCCCCAUCCCCUCCUGAGCCUGAGGUAGCUGAGGCCGACAUCGAGGCUGUGAUUGCAGCUGCUGUGGAGAAGCCCCCCUCUCCACCCAUGGACCCUCCGUCUGGGGUCACAUCGUCCGGAGCCGAGCGUCCGAUCUCGGCGCUGUCUGCCUUGGAGAGGGCCGAGGACAUGAUGCCGGGAAAACGGACACCUCCUGGGGACCAAAGGAUCUUAGAUGCCCUGGAGAAGGCACGCAAGAAGAGCGCCAGCCCCUUGUCCAACCCCACCCGAUCCUACUCCAUCACCCCCCCUCCACUUGAAGACCUCUCCCCCCCUCAGAGCCCCACCCAGGAUCUCCCAUAUCUCCCACCUGUAGAUUACGAAGCAGGCAACGCCCCCCCACUGAAACCAGCACCAGUUAACGGCGCCGAGCACCGACCAGGCUCUCCAGUGCUGGAGCCCACCACUGAGGAGGGGGACGAGGCUGUCCCCGAGCUGCUGGUGGUACCUCCACCCAGCCGGGCCCAACCAGACCUGGAGUGUACGCCUGACGCUCCAGAGAAACCCGACAGACCUCCCUCCGCCGACCUGAGGGAGUUCCUUCCCCCUACUCUCUCUGAAGUGAUCCCCGUUCCACCCGGCUUUUCAGAGGAGUUUGAUGACGUGGCCUCAGACGCUUACUGCUCGGAGCUGCCGGUGUCAGAGUGGGGGAGUGAGGAGUACGGCGGCACACACACUCCGGACGAGCAGGACGGGGCCGACUUUUACAUUAACGACGUGACUCAUCCAGGAGCCGACAUCCACUCGGAGCCAGCAUAUGAGACAGAAUACCGAGAGGAUCUGUUCCCAGAGCCUUCCCCCUCUGUCCCUGAGGACCCACCACCAGCAGAGGAGUCCAAACCAGAGAACCACAACAGUGUCGGUGAAGUUGCAGAAAAUAUGCACAACGAUGUCGGCAAAUCUCCCAGCAAGAAGAAGGGAAAGAGCGAAAAUGGCAAGAAGCGCAAAGGAACACCAAAGAAUCCAUAUGCUGCUGCUGAGACUCCACAGGAAACGACUCAAGAGAAAACCAAGACGGGCAGGUUUGGCAGGAGUGAGAAGAAAGCGGCGGCGGAGGGGCCGGAUGAGAAGGAGCUGAAGAAGAAAGAGAAGCAGCGGCUGGAAAAGGAGAAGAAGGAGCUGAAGGAGAGACAGGAGCGAGAGAAGAAAGAGCAGAAGGAGAGGGAAAAGAAGGAAAACGAGAUGAAGAAGAAAUUUAAAAUCACGGGACAGGACGACGCCAUGUACCAGGCAAAAGUAACCGUGACAACAAAAGGACGCAAGAACGAUUUGCCCGUCAACAGCGGAGACAUCAUCAGCAUCAUCCGAACAACCAACUGCCCCAAAGGGAAGUGGCUGGCCAGGGACGGCAGCAACACCUAUGGAUACGUCGCCGUGGACCACGUGGAACUGGACAUCAAGGAGAUGCUGGAGCUGGGAAAGAAGGCUGGACGCAGGAGCACCAACACCCUCCCCGAGGCCGAGGUCACCAGCACGGGCAGCAGGAAUUCCAACCAAUUCCCACAAUCAACGGAAAGCUUCUCAGAUGACAGCGAGGAGUGGACCUGUGACGACGACGAGCCUCUGUCUCCCUCUGAAGCCGCAGACUCGCUCCCUCCAAUGGGCCACGCAAGAACCCUCUCCAUGCCUGAUAUGGGAAACAAAGACCUUCCCGUUAACCAUCAGCACAGUCACAGUGACCUGACCGAUGAUAACCCCCACAUCCAAGCAAGAUACGAGGCUCUCCAGAAGUUGGCGACAUUUUUCCACUCACCUCAACCUCUGGACGCAGCUGUCAGCAGCCCUGAACCAGAGACGAGUUCCACUGCUGAUCCAGAACCAGGGACGGAAGGAGGAGUCGAUCUUGCCCCAGAGGAUUGUUCAGCACUGGAAACAGACUUUGAUCCCGCUGCUCUCAUUUUACCUCCCCCUGACCUCUACGCCGACGUGACUCUGGACUGAUCAAUCAUCUGGACUCUCCGCUGUCCUUCAUGGGGAUUUGCCAUGCUGACCUGCUGCUUGCUCCCGUCUGUAACAGCCUGUGGAUAAGGAACCGUCUGGAGCGCCAUUCACCCGUCCAUGGCAACUGCAUCUUCUUGACUUUGACCCUCAUUUACCUGGUGACUCCGCUUGUGGAUCCGUACGAUGAUGUGCAGCGAGUGAAACACCACGGACGCAGCUGCAAAUCUCUAUUCUGUUGCUUCAAGCCGUGUGGAAACACUGAGCCCCUCUAGAUUGCCUGGCUUUGAACUGUGGACCAAGAGGAGUUGCUGAUCCCGGGAGAGAGCUUAAAAGUUGUAAAGUUUCUUUGAGGGGGGCGGGGUAAUACAUCUAAAGCAAUGAAAUAAGGACAAAGAACUGAAGAUGCAGUGCUUUUUAGUUUGAGGCACUGCUCUGACACACGUGUGAGUGGGGGGGUAAAACUGCUCAUUACAAGUUAGUGUUCAGAAGCUGCAGCAUCUGAGUACUCAUCCUUGUCCACAGAGAACAGCUAAUUCUCUUUUACUUUACCAAAUUUCCAGUAGACUAAACAUUGUAAACCUACAAAUGAAAGCACCCACAUGAUCCACUUGGUCCCUGCCCUGCAGUCUUCUACGUUUGACUCUGAAAAGACUUUUACCAUGUUUUCAAGACCAUCUUCAAAGAUUGAGACAUUGAGACUAAUUAUUUUCGCACACUUUGUGAGCUGUUUUGUGAGCUCUUCCUCUCUUUUUGUGUCUUUCGUUGUCUUUGUAACUGCUCAUGUUGAGAUAUUUAAACUUGUUAGGUUCAUGUAACUCUUUCAUUGCAUGCAAAAAAGCUAGAGAGUAUAGUGUAACACAUAUGACUUAGGAAUGACAUCCCAGAUCUGCUAAAUACCAUCAGAGGGUGGGGGGAAAUGUCAUGCGUGAGCUUUGCUUUCCUUUAUUACUAGCAGUUGUGCCUUAUACCUGUACGUGCCUCGGGCUCUGAUGCUUUUCUUUUAACAGGAGAUUAUUUCAGGUAUGUCAAGUUACUUACUUACCUGUGUGAGUGUUGACAAACAGACAAAAGGCUUAGGAACCAAAGUAUUGUUGUUUAAUAUGUUUAUUUUCUUUUCAAUAAAUAUUCAUUAAAGUGCAA